GUUGUUAUAAUAAAGCAAACGUGUCAGUUUGUUGAAUCAAGCACUGUAAAGAGGUAUUUAAUAUUAUACCAACAGAGUAAUUUAAAGUUAAAAUAGUUAGAAAUAUAUAACUAAACAUGGAUCAAGGAUUUUGUCUGUUAAUUAAAAUCGCGAUAAUUGUUGUGAGUAUUCAUGCGGUGAUAUGUCAGAAAUGUGGUGUACAGAAAGAGGUGUCCUUUGCUAGAAUACCGGCGAUUAACACUCUGUUGUCUUUGGAUGAGUUCGACACCCACAUCGAAGGUCGGGAGAUGGGUGAGGUGUAUUAUGCCCUGCCAAAACCUGCAGCGUUCAUUCCUGAUAUCAAUUACAAAUCAACUAUUACUAAAGACCCGGGAAGUACCCAAUUAUAUACACUGGCGUCAAAAGGAGAGACAGUGGCAGCAAACUCAACAUGUGCAGCACGAAUUUUUUCAUUAACACCUGUUGACGGUAUUGACAGGGCGUUGUUCUUUCUGACAAAUUCCCUGAUACAAGCUAUGUGGUCAAGUUGUCCAACAAGGUACAUAUUGAUCAUGCGGUGUACAAACUACAAGGUUGGUCAGAAGAUAUGUUUGAUAAAAGACACAACCAUCGGUUUUUAUAUACAUGGUAAUAUGAAUGAUGCUCCACUCAUCGAAAUCAUUGAAGAUCUUUUUCGAGCUACGGGAGUGAAGUUUGGUUCCCCUAGCUUAGAAUGGUUCUUUUCAUUCGGAGAAAAUACGCUGUGUUGACGUGUGAAAUACUAAACAUUUCUACGAAGUCCAGAGAGCAACGGAGGAAAAUUUACAACCAAUGAAAACAUCAAUUUAUCUUAAAGAAACAACAACAAAAAACUCUUCACACAUUUUUCCUUCUUGAAUUUCAGUUAUUUUUGUUUAAAAAAAAAAGUAAUUUCAUUAGAACCGAAAUCAAUAAACUAUAAAACUCU